AUGCCGGUAUUGGAUCAUGAAGCACCAUAUCCUCAACUAAAGCAAACACCCAGCUACAAUUCCGGUCCUGAAGGCUCUCCCGAAACACUGAUUGCAGACAAACAAGAUGCAAUUCAAAAUCAAGCCGAAAACACGAAAGAUGCAAGCACCGAUGCGGAGUGGAAACGCGACAAAUGCCAUAUGCGGUGUCGCGCGACUACGAGGACUCCAGAUGAUCGCCAAGAACUGUUCAAAGAUAGCCGCAUUGUGCUUUGCGGAGGGCGGUUAUACGUUCAGCUCGCAACAUACAAGGGUCCGCAUCAUCAUCCGUUCUCUGGCUACUACCUCCCAUUUCCCAACUCGAACUUUGAGGGAAUCGUUUCUACGAUAUCGAAUGACCCGCCACAGCUGAACUGGGUAUAUCUCGAUACCGACUCAGACAUCUUCCAGAUCAGCCAUGGAUUGCGCGUGGAUGCGGAACAAGGACAGGCAGGAUCUUGGGGCGCUCGUGUUUGCCCGAAUGGCGAGAAGCGAUUCCUAUUCAACAACUGGGAAGGCUUCAUUGCGGUCGAGAGCGAGGGUGAGCCGGACUUAUGGAGACUCUGCUAUGAUAAGUUUGACGAUGGGCUGAAAGGGAAAAUCCGUGCAGGCCAGCGGACCGUGGAGGUAGAAUUGAUACGCGAAGAGAUGGAACCUUGA